AUGAAGCUGCCACUCUUGGUGUUUAUCGUGUAUCUGCUGCGGCUGAAAGACUGUCUCUGUGCGCCUUCUGGGAAGGACCGAAUUUCUACCCGUGAAGACCCGAAGGGUUUUUCCAAGGCUGGGGAGAUAGAAGUAGAUGAAGAGGUGAAGAAGGCUUUGAUUGGCAUGAAGCAGAUGAAAAUCCUGAUGGAAAGAAGAGAGGAGGAACACAGCAAACUAAUGAGAACCCUGAAGAAAUGCAGAGAAGAAAAGCAGGAGGCCCUGAAGCUUAUGAAUGAAGUUCAAGAACAUCUAGAAGAGGAAGAAAGGCUAUGCCAGGUGUCUUUGAUGGAUUCCUGGGACGAAUGCAAAUCUUGCCUGGAUAGUGACUGCAUGAGAUUUUAUCCAACCUGCCAAAGCAGUUGGUCCUCUAUGAAAACCACGAUUGAAUGGGUUUUCCGGAAGAUAUAUCAGUUUCUGUUUCCUUUCCAUGAAGAUGAAGAAAAAGAGCUCCCUGUUGGUGAGAAGUUCACUGAGGAAGAUGUACAGCUGAUGCAGAUAGAGAAUGUGUUCAGCCAGCUGACCGUGGAUGUGGGAUCUCUCUAUAAUAUGAGCUUUCACGUCUUCAAACAGAUGCAACAAGAAUUUGACCUGGCUUUUCAGUCAUACUUUAUGUCAGACACAGACUCCGUAGAGCCUUACUUUUUUCCAGCUUUUUCCAAAGAGCCAGCAAAAAAAGCACAUCCUAUGCAGAGUUGGGACAUUCCCAGCUUCUUCCAGCUGUUUUGUAAUUUCAGCCUCUCUGUUUAUCAAAGUGUCAGCGCAACAGUUACAGAGAUGCUGAAGGCCAUUGAGGACUUACCCAAACAAGACAAAGAUUCUGCCCACGGUGGACCAAGUUCCACGACGUGGCCUGUGCGGGGCAGAGGGCUGUGUGGAGAACCUGGCCAGAACUCAUCGGAAUGUUUCCAAUUUCAUGCAAGAUGCCAGAAAUGUCAGGAUUACCUAUGGGCAGACUGUCCUGCUGUUCCCGAACUACACACAAAGGCGGAUGAGGCCCUUGAGUUGGUCAACAUAUCCAAUCAGCAGUAUGCCCAGGUACUCCAGAUGACCCAGCAUCACUUGGAGGACACCACGUAUCUGAUGGAAAAAAUGAGAGAGCAGUUUGGUUGGGUAACAGAGCUGGCCAGCCAGACCCCAGGAAGUGAGAACAUCUUCAGUUUCAUAAAGGUAGUUCCAGGUGAUCACGAAGGAAAUUUCUCCAAACAAGAUGAAAAGAUGAUAGACAUAAGCAUUCUGCCUUCCUCUAAUUUCACACUCACCAUUCCUCUUGAAGAAAGUGCUGAGAAUUCUGACUUCAUUAGCUACAUGCUGGCCAAAGCUGUACAGCAUUUUAAGGAACAUUUUAAAUCUUGGUAA